AUGCACCGCCUGACUAAAACAAAGAGUAGACUGCGAGUGGAGCUCGAAGACACAAGAGGAAAGACCGCUUACGCUGAAUAUGAUAUGUUCUCUGUUUCCAGCGAAAGAAACAAAUACAGACUUCGCCUUGGGAUAUAUACCGGUGAGUGCUUUCAAUCUGUGGAUUGGUCUAUUUUAGCCAGAAUAGUUCUUAAAGAUACAACCAAAUUCGAGCGAUUCUGAACCUCAAUUCAUCUCAUCAUCAGAGACUGGAAAAUGUUAGAAGUAAAUUUUCUAACACUCGUCGUUUAGUAGGUUUAUUCUCUUUCUUCACAAAUUGAUACAACGGGGACUAGCUUCUAUCUGAUAGGGAAAACUAGAGUCUCCGCUUAUAAAGGUGACACUGCGGAUGACAUUUCUAAGCCGUCAAUCUUCUUGUGUCGUCAUCGUACCAUAUCAACUAGCGAAUCACGCUUGACUACGUAUUACAGUUCCCACAUACUGAGUAUGCACCUUCGAAUUUUUUACGCAGUUACAAAAUCAAUUUCUACCUUAAUUUUCGUAUCUUUACGGUUGAGAUCGGCCAGAACAGAAACGAGAUCGAUAAUAUAAAAAUUACAAAUAACCUUGGUUCAGAGUAUUAUUUAUACCUAAAAGGGUAUCUUAAGAGAAAAUCACCUUUAAAGAUUGUUACAUAACAACAUCUUGGUCGCAUGAGUUAAAGAAGAAAGGCGCUCACAAGUACCGCCCCCAAAUUGCUUUUGGUUGCGAAACAUGAAGGGUAUCACCUGUUUACACCUUAAAUUACCUCUGGGGACACGAAGGUGUCGAACACGACCUAUUACCAGGGAGAUUUACUCUUCCUGGACUAACAAAUUAACUUAAUUAAGAACAUGGCUUAUCACGAGUUCCAUGUCAACCUCACGAUCACAACGAGGAAAACGUGAUUAAACUCACCAGUAGAACGUGGCCAAACUCACAAGAAGAACGUGACCAAACUCAACCUUUAAGAUAAGACCACCAAGAAGGAGUAAGAAGUAAUCAACCUGCCCUUUUUUAUAAUUUGCAUUAAAUGACUUAAAAUAAUAUAAUAUUUCCAUUCCUUUUUUCAGACACCAAUAUUGUAGAUUAACUAUAAUUGUAAUUUUAUCAUUUAACAAAAAUGCCGAAAGAAUAAAUUUCUAUCCACUGCAAUUUCUAUAGCCUUCCUUUGCUAAUUAUACUGUGAUUCCGUCUCAGGAACUGCAGGUGAUUCUUUGAGCUAUCAUAGAAACAUGGCAUUCUCCACCAAAGAUCGUGACAAUGAUGAUUACUCGAGCAACUGUGCCGCAAAAUAUAAUAGUGCUUGGUGUACAAUACGUGUGUUAGAGCCAACUUAA